UGUUUCGUGCUCCUAGGGCGUCCUUUUCCUUCACAACAGACCUAAGAUCAUCUUUUCGAUCCCAAGACGACCCAAAACAUCGCAUGUUCAUUUUUAUUCUGAUCCAGGAUCAGCUAAUUAGGGCAAGAGGCAAAAUGAAGCAAUACUUUAUUCGCAUACUAUUCCCAUAAUACCUUGCACAGUUAGAUUUUUUCACCAUUCGUUUCCCAAGAUGGCGGACAGGCGGCGGCGACGGAAACGCGCUUCCCAGGAUAGUGAAGAGGAGGAUGAAUCUGGUUCUGGUACAGAGAGCGGAGGGUCCGGUUCCGCUGGAGGAAAGACACGAAUAACUGUCCCAGAGCCCGUGGUGGUACCAACAGUUCGUAUUCGGACGAAAAGCGAAGAAGAAUCGGAAUGUGAAAGUGAAGACGCCAUUGGUGAGGCUGUGUUGUCUGACUAUGACAGUGCUGAUCCAGAGGACAACGGUUCUCACUCUGAGGGUGAGGAGGAAGAGGAGGUGGUGGAAGGUGAGAAGUUCAGUGAUGAAGAGGGAUCCAAACGACCUGAGCCUAAAUCUGACACCAAUAAGCUUGCUGGAGAUUUGGUGGUGGAGGAGGAGGAGGAGGAUGAAGAGGAGGUGGUGGAGGAGGUGGAGGUGGAGGAGGAGGAUGAGGAGGGAGGGGGUAAAGAAGUGAAGUCUGACAAAAAGGGGAACCUGGCAGGAGAAAGGCAGAGUGGGGAUGGACAGGAAAGCACAGAUGACCCAGAGAACAAGUCUGACAGCAAGGCUGGCAAGAAGCUGGAUGAUGAUGAAGAUCGCAAAAACCCAGCCUACAUCCCUCGAAAGGGUCUGUUCUUUGAACAUGACGUGAGGGGGCAGGCCCACGAGGAAGACAUUCGGCCCAAGGGGCGACACAGGAAGUUGUGGAAGGAUGAGGGGCGCUGGGAGCAUGACAAAUUCAGAGAGGACGAGCAGGCACCAAAGUCCCGUGAGGAGCUGAUUGCCAUGUAUGGUUAUGACAUCCGCAACGCCAAUGGCCCCUGCGAUGGCCGUCCCUUCAGGUCUCGUAAACCAAGAUACAGUAGCUCCCCUGGACGGGAGAAGAGGUGGAGGGAUGGAGAGAAGCUCAGUCGCUCAUCCUGGCAUUGCAGUGGUAACAGUGGCACCACCACGGCUAUUGUCCAGUCUUCCUCUGUGGCUUCCCCCUCUGGUCCUGUACCACCUCUGCCCCGCAUCCAGGGCGGUGGGGGCCGAACCUCCUCACAUCCCCAGAUCCGCAACUUCCAAGGCAACCGCCCCCCUCAGAACUCUUACCGGAGCUACAAGCCCUUGGAAGAAAACAGUCACCAACACAAUUCUCUGCAGCACCAGGGAGUCUUUGGCCGGGGCAGCCACAAACAUCACCCAGAGAUGGAGCAGGGCCCUGCACGUAGGGGUAGGGAGGCAGAGACGGAACACAGCCCUGCUGUAGUGGUGGAAGACGAGCGGUACACGGAGGAAGAGCCGGUAAAGCCGCAGCAGCAACAGCAACAGCAGCAGCCCAGCUACUACAGUGUCAAGCUGUCGGAGAGGGACCCCCUCCCUAACCGCCGGCGCGAGGAUACCCAAAGUGAGCCAGCUUUGCUCAGGGAUACCACCCCAGCCACUGCUACUGCUCCCGAAAGGACAGUGGAGAGGAAGUCGUACUCACUGGCCCGCAGGACUCGCACCAAACCUUCUGAGUUGGGCAAGCAGGUAUCUCUGGAGGAGUCGGUCCCGCCAGUGCCACCCCCUGCCCAGCCCGCCCUGUCCACAGAGAAGAAUGAGGCAUGGGAGACCCGCGAAGAAAGCAGUGGUGUGCAGGGGGGGCUCACAGGGCUCGACCAGGAUCUGGCUCGACUCAGUCUGGCGGGGCAGAACUGGGCUCAGAGCCCUCCCUCCUACUUGCGUGCCGAGAUGAGGGGCAUUCCUAACUCCAUACACAUGGCUGGCGGGCCCCCACAGUAUAACCGCAUGGAGGAAAUGGGUGUGGGUGGUGGCCGAGCAAAGCGAUACUCUUCUCAGAGGCAGCGGCCAGUCCCUGAGCCAGCUCCCAUGCAUAUCGGCAUUAUGGAGGGCCACUACUAUGAGCCCAUGUCUUUCCAGGGACCAAUAUAUGCCCACAGUGACAGUCCCACGCCUCUUGCACCCCAAGGCAUGCUGGUCCAGCCAGAGAUGCACCUCACUCAUCCUGGUCACCCAGGCCAUCCAGGUCUGCAUCCUCAUCAGUCUGGUGCCCCCAUGCCCAACCCUGCAAUGUAUGCUGGCCCACCUGUCUCCAUGUCUCCUGGGCAGCCCCCUCCCCAGCAACUGCUGGCUCCCCCCUUCUACCCCCCUCCUGGCGUUAUGACCUUCGGGAAUACCAACUUCCCCUACGCUGCUGGGGCCACGCUGCCCCCUAUUUACCCCAACCCCCAGGCGCAGGCCCAGGUGUAUGGUGGAGUGACCUACUAUGACACCAUGCAGCAGCAAGCCCAGCCCAAACCCUCGCCCCCCCGCCGUUCUUCCCAGCCAGUUACUAUCAAACCUCCUCCUCCAGAGGUACCGUUCAUUGUUCCAGAGUAAAGCCGCGUCUGCAGAUCUCGCUUCCAGCCAAACCUGGGCAAAGAAGAGUGAAAAGGUGAAGGACAAGACCGGCUCCUAGCUGAGAGGAGGCGAAUAUCAAUGGACCAGCACCAUUCAUGGAAGAAUUUGUUUUUUUUUUAUAUUUGAUUUUUAUGUUUUUUUGCUUUUGCUUCAUGAGUCAAAUGAGAAGAAAAACUUUAAACAUGUGUGCGUAGUUUUUACUACGAUCAAUAGACUGCUUUCCCUUUAACCUAAUAAGAUGCAGAAUCAUUGCUGUUUGUUUGAUUGGUGUUCCUGUUUGCCUGUGCUCUGCCUUCACCCCUCCCUUCAAAGCAAUGUUGGUGAAAUGGGAAGGCUGUUUACUGUAAUGGAUGGUCAAUGAGAGGUGCUGCCACUUAUUCUCCUGGCGUUUGGUGUGGAUCUGCCACACAAUGGUGCACGGUGGCAUUGCAGCCAACCUUUUCAGCCGGGUUGUGGGAAAUGCUCAAAUCAAGUCAGUUUGUUAAGGGAAGUUUUAUUUUUGGAAAUUAAUACCCCUCAUUAACAAUGCAUGACUGAAUUGAUUAUUUCUUUGUGUAACUAAGAGGAGCAACAGAGGCAGAGUUGGAUGAUUUGGACGGUUGGUGAUUUUUACUGUGCAGACCACUUGCUUUGAAUCUGGUCCGCAAUAAUUAAACUGUGAGGGAAUUUACUCUGACAGUCAUGCUAGAGGCAGUUUUUAGUGAUAGGUGACUACAGUACCAGGCUGACAAUGGCUGGCUUCAACCUGUCCCAAAUAUCUUUUGCAUAGUUUGCAUGCUGUUGGGCUGUUUUUGACACAGAGUACAGUUAGCCCCAGUACAAUUGUGUGUAAGUUUGCUGACUGUUAAAAUGGUUCAUCUGGGCAAUUCAUUAACCCUUUAUGGACUAAGGCGCCCUAGAGAAAAACCAUAGAAAGGCCUAGGAAUCACAAUGCAUUUCACUGGUCAUGUGUCUUGAAAAAUCGCAUCCAUCUGUUAAGGGAGAAGUAACAUAACAUGCUGAUCGCAUCCCCCCCAUAAGGGGUUAGAAGUGUUUUGGUUUAUAUUAUCUGAGCUUGAGCUUCGGGACCACAGAUUUACAUUUCCAGGUCAUGGGUAGAAUUUUAGAGCCCUACACAAAGCAGGGUUAACCUACCCUUAUGUCCCCUUUUCAACAAAUGCCUCUUGGACUUGGUCUUUUCAGGAGAGGGUACACCACAGCUAACUAACUGGAGGGAGACUUCUAUUGUCUACUUGUCAUACACAGGUGUUAAGCAGGAGCUGGUUGUGGAUAGAAUGCAGUCCUUUCCAUUUGCCUACUGUUGCUUCUGACAGUCCUACUAGUCAGUGGGUUUGAGCAUUUACUUGCUUUUUUCUUGUUUGGCUGAACCUGCAUCCUGCCUCAACCUGUAGUCAAUGUAGUCUGCUAAAUCUGUUCAAGUGCUUGGCUUUAUGUUGGGUUCAUCUGGAUACUUUGUUUGUGCUUUUCAUCCGUCAUCUCUGUAUAUCUCCUUUCGGGUCCAGGAGAAUUUUGCUUGGAACAAAAGGUUGGUGUCCUUUCACAAACCGCUUUACUGUUGGUUUCAGCCAGAUGGUGUUUCAGUCUUUCUUUGGUACAUCAGAGUUUUAAGGUCUCUGUAUAUCCGGUUAUAUUCCUGCUGUCUUAAGGGCUUUUGACAGGGUGGUCUGCUCAUAAAGUAUUGCUUUUUACAGCGCUGUGUGUAGCACUCACUUUAAAAUCUUGAUUUAAUUGAUUGCUUAUUUUUUCACUUGUACCGCAGUGUAACACAAGUGCGCAUGUGGAUUUUGUGUUCUCUUGAACGUUUGACUUCUUGCAACCCAGUCUUGAUCAAUUAUUUAUUUUUAUUCUGCUGCGCUCUCUCAGAAAAUGCCUAGGAUUUGGCUUAGUUCACAGUGUAGGUUGUAUUACAUGCAGUAGUGUCACCAUAUUUAAUGUCAAGAAUGGAGAUCUAUUCAUGAUUAAUGACGAGUACUGUAGCCAUGUUGAUAGUGCUUGCUUCAUAUAGUGUAGUAUUGGGUUAAAAUUAAAAUCAGUUAAAGAGCUUUUCCCCUAAGAAUUAAGAGUUUUGUCAAUUGUACAGUAUGUUUUUAAUUUGAUAUAACGAGUAAAAUAUUUUUUUUUUGCCAGAGAAAAGUAUUGGAUAUUAAGUGUGCAGGGGAAUAGGUCUAAAGAUUUGUAUAUAGCUAUACAGAUAUCUAUUAAAACCUAUGGUUCUUACAGUAUCCCUCAUAAGUAAGGGUUUAGGUAAAGAAAAGCGUUGAGAUCUACAGAACCUUAUGCACAGAUGCUGUAUGAGCUGUUGAUUGGAAAUGCUUUGAUCGAGGGCACUGGCUUUUUAAUCCCGAAAAGGGCUUGCUCUUGCUUUGUUGAUUAAUUGAUGUUGCAAAAUGUCAAAUGCACAAUGGAUUUGGGGUUCAGAGGCCUUGGCGCAAUGGCAGACAUGCGCCAUGUUUUGCUCCCAAGGCAGCAUGAAAUGUCAUCUUGUGUUAAUGAAUCACACAGGAGGGCUAUUUGGAAUGUAGAAACCAUACAGUACAGGCAUGCAUGAAUAAAUGUAUAGACUUGAACUUGAAAAUUGUACCAGAUUUUUAUUUUCUCCAUUCAAUGCAAUUAUUCUAGGGCGGGAGCGUGACAUUGUGUUACUGUUUAGGCCACUGGGACAAGUCUGGGGAUUCUUUUUGUAUAUUAUGUCUUACUUUUUAUUUUAUUUUAUUUUAUUUUUAUUUUUUACUAAACACCUGGCAGUAAAAGUUCAAGUUAGUUAAAUUUUUGUUUGUUCUCAAUGUUAUUUUUAAGAUGUUGAUGAUAAUAUUAAUAAAAAAAGCAGUGUACAUCCUCUGCUUUAAGAAUUGUCUUGUUGGUUUUACAUAUCAGUUUAAUUUCUCUAGACCAGUUAACACUGUGAUGGCUUGUUUAUUUUAUAGGUGUGUGUGAAUUUGUAAAAUCCUAUUUUGUUCUUUGUGGAGCAAUGGUGGAGAAAUAAAAAAUGAAGUGAAAUAAA